AUGGAAGCGUACCUCGCAGCCUACCCGGCGCAAGUUGCCGAUGAAUUAUCGGAGGCCAACAUCUUUGAGCACCUGCAGAUUUUCCAAUUUUCGUUGCUUGACACAGCAUCCUUUGAAAGGAUGCUUGAACAGCUGCUCUUGAAUGUCAGACAACGCACACUGGCAGGAGGUAGGGUCAUCUAUUUUGCAGGCGUGCUACACACCAUGUCGCCCCUCGAUAAAGAGGAGGAGCCGGAGCAGAGCAUGUCAGAGGUGCCCAGCGAAGAUUCUGCAAACUCGGACGAGAUCUUCAAACGCGAUCAACAUCGCAUUUUCGCCAUGUUUGAGAACCUGCCGGCAGAACAUGUUGUGCGGUCUUGUACCAAGUUCGAAAGAUGGCUCAAAGCAACGCAAAUCCGUCGUGAGAUGGAACCUUGGAUCCAGAGGAGAGAUGGGGAUGGUCAUGAGAAGGGCCCCUUCGAUAGGCUCUCUGAGCGCAUUGGGGCCUCUGUAAGGGAGGCUAUGCAGCAAGCAGAUGAGGAAGGACAGCGCAGCAUUGUCAUCUCCCUUUUACAGAAGGUCGCGGACACCAGUGCGGAAGAGAUGGCCGUCAGAACGGGCCAGGUGCCGAGUGAGCCCGGCCCAGCUAAUGCCUCGCGCUUCGCUGACCUACAGCCCAUUGGUCAGGAUUCCACGGCCCCUAUGAGGAGACCGACAGACCUGGCGCAAGUCAGCGGAGCGGGUUUUGCUGCUAACCAGCAGUGGCUUGCCAAGGGCGGCCAUGCAGAGCAGGCAGAGUCGGCCACUUCGGCUCCUUUCUGGGCCCUCUCCCUGACAGUGCCCGGGAUCAGUUUGCUGUCCCUUCUGGACAGCCUUUCCGCCUGCGCCUACAGAUGGCUUCCGCUGGGUGUGGACCUUGGCUCCUGCGCCCUGGCGGGCAGGUACUUUCAGCAGUCGUUCUCUGCCUCAGACCUGGCUGCCAUCGUGGUUGAGGUGGUUGGCUACGAGUUCGCACCAUUCAUUGUCGGAAGGUUAACUACAAGUGGCAAGCUUCUGUCUUCCGUGCUGUGCCGUAGUGCCUGGGCAUGGCUGGGCCGAAAGUUUCCCGAUUUCUGCUUUGGAAUCAUCAUGUCGAAAGCAGCCAGCCAACAGGAGGAAGAUGCAGAUGCAGAUGACGAGGUCAUGGUGACGCUGUCUUCGCAGAUACGGGGGAACCUGCCCAUUCACCGGCAUCGCCUGGUUCUUCUUCCCCGGAUGGUCGCGGAGACACGGCCGGCAGAGUGGCAGGACUUUGCCCACAUGCGAGAUAGCAUCUAUGUGGACGCCGUGAGCUCUCGUCUGGGCUAUCAUUUGGAGACUGGCUUUAUCGUUUGGAAAUUGAGGUCCCAAAGCCAGCUGCGGACCCCUUCACCAAUCCUCUUCAACUUGCUGGCGGCAAUUGUUGCAGCGAACUUACACUGCAUCGUUCUGGCCAGUGGUGGCAGUUUGGAGGUGAGCUUCUACUUGGAAAAUGCCACGGCCGAUCUGACCUUUGCAGUAGAUCCUGUGCGUCCCUUGGGUUCAGAGCUGGCUGUUCCUCUUGGUCAGGUCAGUGUGACACACUGCUCCAUUGGAGUGGCCAUGAGCCGGCUACGAUUCAGCGGUUCGUUCAUCUUCGAAUCCGCACUUUCUCAGCUGCAACCUGCUUUGCAACAGUUUGUGAAUCAGGAGCUCCCCAGCGUGGCCUGCUCGCAGAUACCGCCGCUACUGGAAGAGCAGGCCACUGCGGCUCUGGCAUCUGUGCUGACGCAGGUUGAGCCUCUCUUGACAGGUCACCAUGAGUUGCCGCCAGAACCAACAGCAGUCGGCAAUGUGGUUGACUGGUCCAGCUAUCCGCCUGCUCGACUUCUGCGCGAGCUGAUCAGAGCAAAGCCAGGUGUCGUGGCAGGUUUGAUGAGGCGUAUCCCUGCCCAGAAGGUGCCCCUGCAUCAGCUCCACAUCAAUCGCAGCAUCACUGUCGAUGCUCUUGGAACAACCUUCAGAAGCUAUUUACAGGAGUUGAAAGUAGAUGGCCUAGACAGCUUCGUUGAGGGAAGCUUGGACCUGCAUGGAAAUGGUCACACUUUGACUUCAACAGCUUCAUUCAGCGAUCUCAGAUUCACCGCAACAAUACAGGCUCAGUUGAAAGCCGUGGACCGACGCUCAUUAAAGCAAGCCUUGCCUCUUCUGGAGCAAUUUGAAAUAUUGAUUGGCUUGGGCAACAUCACUGCUGAGACUGAUAUCCUUGCCAUGGUCUCUGAAGAGGCCUUGGGAGCUUUGGAAGUGGAUCAAUUCCAGAAGCUGGAAUGCCUGGUGGCAUGUGCGCGUGGGGCGGCCCUGGGCUCCGAGGCACCCGUAGCGCUGCGCAGGUUAGAUAUCCAGAACAUGACGAUCCCAUUGGCCCGCAUGGUCGGGACUGGGUCGCUGGGAGAUGACGUUGCAGAUGCCAUGACAUCCAUGCUGAGGGCCACUCUUCAUGGUUAUGCGCCGUCGAUUGAACAGAUCAUCCAGUCUUCCGCAAUCAUCCUCCAUGAUACUCUGAAUGACAUGGUCAAGCAAACGCUGGAGAAUGCCCCGCCGUGUCUCAAGACGGAGGUCUAUUUCGGACCAGAAGGUUUGGUCAACAUGUCCUUGCUCCUCGCAUCUUUGCUGUUGGCACUGAUCGGAAUUGCGGCGGGAGUACACGCAGAAAUGCACGAGGACGAAGGUGAUAUCGCAAGCGACAAAACAUCUCUGGGAGCCAGCUCUGCAGUUCCACGUGGCGUGUCUGUUGCUUAUCCCUUUCUCCUUGUAGCCACGAUGUUCUUGUUUCUUUAUUCCGACCUGGGACUGGGAACGGUAAUCAACAUCGUUUUCCAAGCCGAGUCAGAGCGCGUGACCAUUGGCCCGGCAUUCUCAUUCUCAGUUUUCACACUUUCGCGGGACAGCUUGCGUGGAGGUGCAUGGCUAUUGGCACUUCUGAUCGUUGGACUGAGUGGUGUGUGGCCUUUUGUGAAGCUCGGCCUCUUACUGCAUGUGUGGCUGGCCCCUUCGACGAGGCUGAGACCGUCACGACGAAGUCGAGUUCUACUCUUCCUGGACGAGUAUGGAAAGUACAGUCUUGUUGACUCAUGGCUUGCCAUCCUGGCCCUGUGCGCCUUCGAUAUCAAGUGGUUCGGGCAGGAGGUGUUUGUCCAGGUGACCCCCGAGCCAAUGCUGCCUUUUUUCACCUUCGUUGUUGCCAGCGUUCUGUCGCUGGUCCUUGGACAUGUUGCAACAGAGUGCAACAGGCGAAGCUUGGAAGAUGGCAAGCUGGCGAGCGAAGUUUCCCGGAGAACCAGCCAGGGCAGCAGCCAAUAUUGGCCGAGGCAAAGCCUGUGCCGUGAACUUUCCCAAGGGCACUCGGCGCUUUUGCUGGUGCUGACUCUUCUUACCGGGCUCGCUGUAGCUUGUUCGGCCGGUCUGAUGUCCCUGCAGUACAAGGUGUCUGGAGCCAUAGCCGACCUGCUGCUGGAUGAAGAGGAGAAGGAUCUCAAAUACAGCCUCAUCAGCUUGGGCAUGUUCUUGACGACAGGAUUUCAAGAAUCCGGUGGUUUGCACGCAGUUCAAUCUAUUUUCUUCAUCUUCACUCUUGUCAUCCCACUGCUGCUGGUUUGUGCCGUUUUGACGCUUCUGCUCCUGCCUAUGGAGCGUCCUCAGCAGCUGUUGCUUUGGAAAAUCUGCCAUGUCCUGGAUGCUUGGGCGGCUUUCGAUGUUUUCGUGUUGGCCGUGACCGUGGCAAACUUCGAGUUUUGGAUCUUCUCAAAUUUCUUGAUCUAUCACGACAACAUUGCCGCGGCAUGUGGUUGGGUUUUCGACAACCUUGACGUGGACUGCUUGGCAAUGGAAUGUCACGUGCUUCCUGGGUUUGCACUCCUAGUUGCAGCAGGCGCUGGGUCAUAUGCUGUCCCCAAGAUGGUGCUUUCAACCUGCGAGGGUCUCUUCGACCAGGUGGAGCCGGUGUCGGACAGUGAGGAUGAAGGUGCAGUUGUUUGCCGAGCCCCCGCGAAACUUUACCUUCGACGGUCCGCAACUCAAGAGGACGUCUUUGACCUCUUUGGCACUGGCGUAGCAGAAGCUUGUUUGAGUGGGUACAAUGGCAGCAUCUACGUGUACGGCCAAACAGGCAGCGGCAAGACUCACACGAUGCAGGGCGAGGUGGAUUCUGUGCAAUCAAUGCAUAGCGGUGCGCAGAGGGGCUUGAUGUGCCGUAUCUUGGAUUACAUCUUCGCCGAGAUAGGUCGUCGCAAUCAAUCGGGAGGAACAGUUCAGCACGGCUGCAAAUGCUCGUACCUGGAGAUUUACAAGGAGCAGAUUACAGACCUGCUGGAGCCAAGUUCUACAAAUCUUCAAAUCAGAGAGGACAUCAAUCAUGGCGUGUACGUGGAGAAGCUCAGCGAGCACUCUGUGUGGUCGGCUUCAGAUGCAUUCCACGUGGUCUGGAAGGCUUGCGCAUGCCUGUAG